UAGUCACAUGCUCCAGGCCUUGCAGACCACCCCACUGACCCCAGCUUGUAGCAUUGCCUUAUAAGGUAGCACUGUGUUUGAACAAGAUGGCAGUGGCCGGGACAAACCUCAGCUUUGAGACAGACUUCAAAAAUCAUCUAGACACAAGGGGACUUACAUUUGAUGACUUAAGAGCUCAUCAGUGUACUAAUAUUGUCCUACUCAAACUGAGUGAAAACUUAGAUAACUGGGACACUGCUGGGUUGUACUUGGAAAUCACACUUCCUGAAGUCAAGGCCAUCAAAGUUAAUAAUAGCUCUGAAGAAAGUAGAAGAGUGGCACUUUUAAACAAGUGGAAACAAAAGAAUGGAGAUGAUGCCACAUAUUACAAUCUUAUAUCUGGUUUACAUGAUGCUAACAGAAUUGAUAUUGCUGACCAAGCACUAGACUAUUUGAAAGAAAGUAUAAUUGAAAUAAGAAGGCAGCAGGAAAUAGCACGGCGAAAAGAGGAAGAACGACAAAAGGAAGAAAGGAGGCAGCAGGAAAUAGCACGGCAAGAAGAAGAAGAACGACUAAAAGAAAAGCGGCGGCAGGAAAUAGCACGGCAAGAAGAGGAAGAACGACUAAAAGAAAAGCAGCAGCAGGAAAUAGAAUUAGAAUUCAAAAUGAAAGAAAAUUUUUUGACCAGGAUAAAAAGUAAGGUGCUAUCAAAAGGUCUUGAUGUUCCUGAUCUUCAAGUGAAUCUGAGACAAGAAGACGUUGAGUCAGUAGCAGAGCUCAUUGGAAGAGAUUGGUAUACAUUUGGUAAAUGUAUGAAAGUUGAGGAGAGCACAUUGGAUCAUAUUAAAGAAGUGGGAGGAAACAAACCAGGAAGGAAGAAGAAGCUUUUGGAACAUUUGAUUAUUAAAAAAGUUCGCUUUGAAGAUAUAAUAUAUGGGUUGUACAAUUCAGCUGAUGAGCAUAAUCCAGCUAUUAAUGGUGUUCUAGAAUAUAUAUUCAGAAUUAGGAUUAAAAAAGAUGGUCAGAAUCCAAGAGCAGAUGAGAAGCAUGAUAAAAGUUCAAAACUUGUUGAAAAGGAAGAGCAAAAUCAGAGUUUAAAAUCAUAUCCAAAGCUAUGCCCCCAAUAUCAGGAUCCAGCACAGCCAACACCAUUAAGUCCAUCCAGCAACACUGCACCAACCGUUUUCAGACAAAGAGUCCCGUGGCAAGCAAAGUUUGAGGAGAGACGAGAAGUCCAGCCUAAUUUAAUAACACGAAGUCUAAGUGACUUGAAGCCUCAUAAUUACAGGGAGCAUUUCUAUAGUGCAUUGUGGUUUGAAGAAGAUGAACAUAUCAAGAAGCUAUCAACUAAGUGUGAUGGUGCAGGUAAGCUUACAAUAUACCAUCACGAGAAAGUUCCCUCUUUUUUUGAUCAAAGUGAUGAUUUUUAUUAUGGCUAUAUUUCUGGCUUAUCUGAUGAUAAGAUUGAAUAUGCUACUCAAGCAAGUGACGAUGUCACAAUAUUAAAGCCAGAUGGCUCUGAUAUAUGUGUAGCAUUCAAGCAUUACUACAACUUUGAUCACCUUGAAAAUCGCAUGUACAUAGUUGCUCCUGAUUCUCCUGAAUUGCUCGAAGCAAUGAAGAAUGGUAGAGCAGUUGAAGGAGGAAGUGAGAUUAGUAUCUCUGCUCAGUUUACAGUGAAGUACUCCUACUUUAAUCAUCUUCACAAUGCUGUUAUCAAGGCUCCUGAGUACCUGUUCCUUACAUUUGAUCCUCGACAUUCUGAUUUCCGUUGUAUGAAACUAGAUGAAAAGCUUCAGUUGAAAGCUUUAGAGAUGAUCGUGUCUGAGUCUUCAUCAAUUGGCAAACCUGCUCCUCCUGUCAUUCUUUAUGGUCCGUUUGGUACUGGUAAAACUCGAAUCCUCGCUCGUGCUGCCUUUGAAGUGAUGAUGAAUGGUGUCAAUAAGAAUAAAUGUACCAGAAUAUUGAUUUCUGCUCACCACGAAAUAUCAAUUACAACCUUCAUUUUUGCUUACUUUGGUAGGAGUUUUCCAAGAAAAGUGCUUAUAUAA